GCAGCCCCGCGCGCCUCCCUGGCCAGGGCGGCUGUCCCGGCUGGGGCUGCGUUUCCGGAGCGGGAAAGUGAUUUCGUCCAGCGUUGGUUUGAAGAAUGCGAUUUGCGGAGUGGCGGAGGUAUCCUGCCCCGCGUCGGUCUGCUUUAGGAACUCGAGGACAGGAAGAUGCCACCUAAGCGUAUUGCUAAGAGAAGGUCACCCCCAGAAGAUGCCCUCCCCAAAAGCAAGAAGGUGAAGGACCCUUGUAACCAGGCAGUGAGGGCCGUUGCCUCCCGCCGCGUUCCAGGUGCCCGCUCCUGCCAAGGUGCCUGUGGGCAGAGCCCUCCUGAACAGAAAGCCCGACCAGUCUCACAUAGGUCCCACAGCACAGAGCCAGGUUUGGUGCUGACACUGGGCCAGGGCGACGUGGGCCAGCUGGGGCUGGGCGAGAAUGUGAUGGAGAGGAAGAAGCCAGCCCUGGUACCCAUUCCAGAGGACAUCGUGCAGGCUGAGGCUGGGGGCAUGCACACUGUGUGUCUCAGCAAAAGUGGCCAGGUCUACUCCUUCGGCUGCAAUGAUGAGGGUGCUUUGGGAAGGGACACAUCAGUGGAGGGCUCAGAGAUGGUCCCCGGGAAAGUGGAACUGCAAGAGAAGGUGGUACAGGUGUCAGCAGGAGACAGCCACACAGCGGCCCUCACUGAGGAUGGCCGUGUCUUCCUCUGGGGCUCCUUCCGGGACAAUAAUGGUGUGAUCGGGCUCUUGGAGCCCAUGAAAAAGAGUAUGGUGCCUGUGCAAGUGCAGCUGAGUGUGCCUGUGGUGAAGGUGGCCUCAGGAAAUGACCAUUUGGUGAUGCUGACAGCUGAUGGCGAACUCUAUACUUUGGGCAGUGGGGAGCAGGGCCAACUGGGACGUGUGCCUGAAUUAUUUGCCAAUCGUGGUGGCCGGCAGGGCCUCGAACGACUCUUGGUCCCCAAAUGCGUGAUGCUGAAAUCCAGAGGGAGCCGGGGGCAUGUCCGAUUCCAGGAUGCCUUCUGUGGCGCCUACUUCACCUUUGCCAUCUCCUCUGAGGGCCAUGUAUAUGGCUUUGGCCUCUCCAACUACCAUCAGCUUGGAACCCCAGGCACAGAAUCUUGCUUUGUACCUCAGAACCUGACCUCCUUCAAGAACUCCACCAAGUCCUGGGUUCGCUUCUCUGGUGGCCAACACCAUACAGUCUGCAUGGAUUCGGAAGGAAGAGCCUACAGCCUGGGCCGGGCUGAAUAUGGGCGGCUCGGCCUUGGGGAAGGUGCCGAGGAGAAGAGCGUACCCACCCUCAUCUCCAGGCUGCCUGCCGUCUCCUCAGUGGCUUGUGGGGCCUCUGUGGGGUAUGCUGUGACCAAGGAUGGUCGUGUCUUUGCCUGGGGCAUGGGAACCAACUACCAGCUGGGCACGGGACAGGAAGAGGAUGCCUGGAGCCCUGUGGAGAUGACAGGCAAACAGCUCGAGAACCGCAUGGUCUUAUCUGUGUCCAGCGGGGGCCAACACACAGUCCUACUAGUCAAGGACAAGGAACAGAGCUGAUGAAGCCUCUGAGGGCCUGUUCCUGGCCCCCCCACCUCUCUUCUGGAACAGGGAAGCCAUGACUACAUAUUCCUGCAGGCCUCUCCCAGCCCCAAAUACUCUGUCAUCUCCCGCCUUUUCCCCAUCAGCAGAACAGAAUCCUUCACCUCUUUUUUCCCCUCUUUUCCGGAAUUAUCCUGGGACCUACAGGAUGAGGGUGGGAUAGAUGGAAGAGGGAAGGGGGUUUUAUUAGAAGGAACAUUGCUCACCCCACAGCUAUGUGGUUGGACCUUUCUCCCUCAUCCCUACCUCUCAUGGUCCUGGCUGACCCUGGUUUUGCCUGUCAGAAACCAAAACUUGCUUCCCUGGGUAUUUGGUGCCCAAACUCUGAGAAGUCAGGGCUCCAUCAGGCCCUACUCUAGUCACGUGCCGUUCUUCCUGUCCACUAGACAGGUGGUAGCGAGGUCAGACCCAGCUGUCAUGGACCUGUGCCUGGGGCAAACUGGAGAAGGAGCCAGGCUACCCAUUCAUGGGCAACCCCAAGCCAGAUAUUUGGCCCUGAACAGGUGCCCAUGAGGCAAAAACAAAAAACAGUGAUCCUCCACUUGAUCAAGAAAAACGCCAAUCAGCCUUUCUCCCAGAAGCACAACGAAUUCUGCCCUUCAGGCUUUGUCUGCAGAGUCUCACCCACCCAACCUGCCUCACUUGCAGCCAAAGGCCUGAAAUCGAAAGGAAGCUAUGCCUGCAGGGCGGGACCUGGGGAGAGAAGGGAAGGAGGGCUUUAUAAACAAACUUAUAGCAAUGUUGAGAGAGAAGGGAGGGAGGGGAAGAGGGUUGGAGGAGCAGAAGCUGGUCCCCAAAAAAGGAAGCAGCAGCUUGUACAGUGGCUUAAAAAAUAGAAGGGUUUUGAUUUUUUUUUUUUUUAAUGUAAAGUAUUUUGGAGGGGAGAGUGAAAUCUUUUAACACUUUGAAUAAAUUUAGAGUUUUAUAAAACAGGCCACUUGUUUUCUACGCACUCCCUGCUUUUUUAAGGGAGCACCUGCUGUGUUGGGAAGGGCAGAAUAAACCCAUGCCUGUGGACCUGGCAAAGACUAGGACUUCAAGACUAGGAUAUGCAGAAGUCCUCGUGUGUGCCAGUCAGCUGUUCUGUUCUUUUUUUAAAAAAAAUAUGGAAUAGUGGCUGUUAGAGACAAAUCAAAAAAAUUGAAAAGAAUUGAUUUUUGUUAGGUAUUUUUGUUUCAGGAAUCACUGGAUUUUAAAAAAAAACUAUAUAAUAUGAGAGGCAUGGGAUGGAUCUUUUAGUAUCCUAAUCCCAAACCAAGAUUUUUGAGUGCAGUACUUCUCUAGAAAUGCUUAUACUAAGCUGGAUGAUGUGUCACUUCCACACCUGGUAUAACUGAUUAGAGAUGAUUAACUGCACAGUAUCUCUUAAGAUAACUUAUGCUUAAUGAUGUAGAUUUUCACAGGCAUUUGAGCAACCAAAUCUUACAGAGCUUGACCUGUCCAGUAUGGUGGGCACUAGCUACAUGUGGCUACUCACAUUUAGUUUAAAUUUGUAAAAAUAAAAUGAACUUCUUCGAUUGCACUAGCCACGUUUCAAGUCCUCAGUAGUCAAAUGUGGCUAGUACCUAUAGUAUUGGGCUAUGCAAAUACAGAAAUAUAUAGAACAUUUCUAUAAUUGUAGAAAGUUAAGUGGACAGUGCUGAUAUAGUGGGUCUGUAAAUGUAUAGCAGGAAAGUUUUAUUAGUGCCAGGAAGAUUCUUGGAUGUCAGUGACUCUUGGAAAAAUGAAUUAUGCUGUAAAAUGA